CGAUGGCGAUGGGACCGCUAAACCCGUGUUCGCUUCUCUCUCGGUAGAGUUGCUGAUCGCACGUCCGCGUUUCACAUUAUACUCGUUUUUUAUUUUUAUUAUUUUAUUUUGAUAAAUAUAAUUUUUUUUUAAUUUUCCCGCUAUAUUAUUUUUGAACGGAUCCUAUACGUAAACGUUAGUUUUUACGGUUAAACUAGUGAUUUUAGUUCACAGCCGCUGUGCCUGUCGGUCUCUGUUUCGCAGCCUUCGGGCAUGUUCAAUUUCGCUAGUAAAAUGUUGAACACCCUGAUGGGCGACAUGGACCAACCGCAGCAGCAGAACACACCCGGACCCCCUUCUGGUUUCAAUGGACAACACCAAAGGAAUCUCGGCAAUUCCACUACCGGUCAUCAGGACUAUAACAGACCAAGACAAUACGGCAUGAACCAAGCGUCGCCGUCUAAUACUGGGUAUGGCAUCAACCCACAGCAGACGAGACAACCGCAACAGCAACAGUCGGCCGUUCAGGCCAAACCGUCAUUCUAUCAGCAGCCAGCGAUUCAACCUUACAAGCGGACGCAUCAGCCGCCUCCCAUAGCCAUGCCAGCAGGUCUCGAACCGGAUCCGCAGAGUUUAGACCUAAGUCAUUUGAGCGUGGAAGAACGGGCUCUUAUUCAAAACGUAAUGGCCAAAGCGAAAAACAUGGAAGAACCGAUUAGCAAUACAAACGCGUCAUCUCAACACGACAUUCAGUCGAGCACGGACGAAUACAGGCAAGGGUAUAAUAAUGGCACUUACCCAAAUUCACAAAGUACUUACUACGGUAGCAAUAACAUUCAAGAGCAGCAACAAAAACAACACCAACAACAACUGCAGAUGCAACAGCAGCAACAACAACAACAGCAAAAUCUUCAAUAUCAGCAGCAUCAACGGCAACAGCAACCGCAGCAACAACAAAAUAGUGGGUAUCCAGACUAUCAAGAGCAACAGCAUCAGCAAAAAAACUCUGCUCCAUAUCAGUCACCGCAACAGCAUCAACAGAGUUCGCCAUCAUAUCAAUCGCAGACAGUUAGUGCUUCGGCCAAUUACGCGCCUUUGAUGGCUGCUAAACGGCAACAACAGCAGCAAUAUCAAAGUUACAACGGUGAACACCUGCAACCAUCGCCAGAGCAGCUAUCACCGGUGUCGCCGGACAACGACACGUCCACGUACUUCCAGUAUGGCGGCCAGCAAUCGUCGGCUGAACGGUCAGGUUCGGAUUCCAGCGAUGAUGUCAGCCUAGCCGAGUGUCUGGUCAACGAGAUCAACCUAAAACCCAUGCCAUUGCUAGACGAAAACGGACAGGUAUUGUUGGAGGAUACGGUCCGAAUGCAACAGCAGCAGCAACAGGAUUUGCUGCAGCAACAGCUGGAUCAGCAUCAGUUUGUCGACGCAUCUCAGGUGUACUACGACAGGAGUAUAGGCGACGUUUAUACGAUACAUGAAGACGAAGACGAGGCAAGCAGUCCGACGGGCGGAGAUGGAGUGACAAGUUUGAGAAAACGACAGAUGGCCAACACUUUAACCGCAAUUUCAGGGUUAAGCGGAGCUGAGUUCCAGAAAGAAAAUGAUAAACUAUACAACAUAAAAUUUGGUCAAGAUAGCCGGUCGCAAACCAAGAUGAACGAGACUUUCGAACAUGGCCCAACUAAAAAAGUCAACCAAACAAUUACAACCGGCGUGCUGGGCCAGAGUAAUACAUAUUGGAAUGCGGAUGACCAACCUCUGUCAACGACCUACGUUCAAAAUCUAUACGGCGGCAGGAAUUCUCCAACGGAUAGCAUUGGCGUGGAGUACGAUUCAGACAGCUCUGUUUUCCAAGACGACUUGAAAAACACACCCGAAUACGAACGAAUACGUAAACUGUUAAACCAACCGUUACAAAGUUAUCAGCAGUCGAAGAGCCAACACCGUUUAGGCGGUAGUGGUAGUGGAGGUUCUCCGAAAAAAGCUAUGGUACGAGAACAGAAGAGUUUCGAUGGAAAUUCGGCGCACAAGUAUGGAAGCGGCGGCCACCGGCAGACGCAUUGGAACGAGUAUGGGAAUUAUGACAGGGUGCCGCCGCCUAACCGGUCGGUCAACAGCAGUCAGUUUGUUGGCAACCAGCAAAACAUGGCAACGUAUUCUGACUAUAAACAACCUGAUUAUUUUGUACCAAACGCGUCAGCUGAAAAGGAUUGCGGAACGAUUAGUGGAAUGUUGGCCGACUUCAGUCGUUCAAUAGGUAAUAUGAACAGUGGUACAAAUACUCACAUAGCCACUAGUGAUAAAUUUGAAAACAAUAACAAGCACAAAUUUUGUGAGCCUCAUUCGUUCGAAAAUUCACAAGAAUAUCAACAACAAUAUCAGCAACAACAACAUCAGUUACAACAACAAAAACAGCAGCAACUGCAACAACAGCAUCAUCAACAACAACAAUUACAAAUUCAUCAGCAACAACAACAAUUACAAAAUCAUCAGCUACAACAACAACAGCAGCAGCAACCCAUUAUACAACAACAAACGAAUUUUGAUGGAGUUACAAACAGACCUCUAACUCAACUAAGAAGAACUCAAUCAAUAAUCAAUCAAAAUAUACAGGAUCCACAUUAUCAAAUGUACCCCAGCGAGGUCUCUAACUCCGUUCAAACAAGUAUGUUUGACACAAAUCUUCCGGGAAAUAUACAGCUUCAACAGCAGACACCGCUGAUAUUUGGUGAAGAUCAUCAAGCCCAAAUAACUCAAAACCCACAACAACAAUCAGUACAUCAACCGAAUAACGGGAUGUUCUACGAAGCUGGACUAAAUCAACCGAGGCAAUUAGUCAACCAGCCGGUCGAUCAAUUAUUGGCCCAGAGGUCGAUCAACCAACCAGUAAUUAACGACACUCAGUGUCUAGUUGGAAAUCAGCAAAAAAAUAUAAUGUUCUCGGUAAAUCCGAACGAUAGAAAAAUUAAUAAUAUACAGCAGUUUUUCAACAAACAGGACGAUCAGCCAUCAUUUGACGUUCAAUUAAACCAACAGUUUGGCAACUCACAAACAUAUCAGGAUGAACCAAAUAACUCUAUAAAUUUAGGAAUUUGUCAACCCUAUCAACCCCAAUAUACAUAUCAAAAUGUUGAACAGAAACAAGUUCAACAGCCAAAACCAAUAUACGAACAACCGAUUCAACAACAAUUACAACAACAACACCAGCAGCUGUUACAGCAACAACAGCAGCUGCAUCAACUACAACAACUACAACAACAGCAACAACAACAACAACAGCUACAGAAACAACAAGAACAACAACUGCAACAGCAGCAACAACAGCAACAACAGCAACUACAACAACAGCAGCAGCAACAACAACAGCAACAACAACAACAACAACAACAACAACAACAACAGCAGCAGCAACAACAACAACUACAACAGCAACAAGGACUACAACAGCAGCAGCAGGAGCUACAGCAAAAACAGCAACAAAUACAUUAUCAAAAAGAAGUUCAUCAGUUUUCGAAUGAAAACCAACAAGAACUUAAUAAAGAACAAAAAUUAUACAAUAGUAUGGGAAGAGUAGAAAGUUAUCUUGUAGACAAAAAUGCGCAACCACAGACAAACCAGGAAAGAGGCAAUAAUAUAACAGAUGCCUUCUUACCUCUGGGCGUAAUUACCAAAACUACAAACCAAAAUGUUCAGGAUGGUAACUCAAAUGUGACUAACGCAAGCAAAUCUCAAGGACAGCGCACCGAUAUUAUAAUGCAUAAAAAUCAAAAUCAAAACAUUGUUGAGCAAAAAAAUCAGAAAAUUGUGCCAAGUGCCUUUAAAUAUUUGGCACAAAACGCUGAUCAGGUAGCGGGCAAUAAGCAAAUAACUAUCGCAACAUCGGCAAACCAUUUGUCUGCUAUGAAGUACACACAGCCAGCUUCACACUUAACCCCUCAAAGUACGCCUGUUAGUACACCAAGGGGCGUAAAGGACUUAUCAGCAUCUCCUGAUACCUUGAGCGAGACUGAUUCAAUGAAAUCUUUUAGGAGUCGGCGGAGAUUGCCUGAUUUACCAGCCAAUCAAGAGGCUGCACCAAUACCUAAUGCUAAGAAACGUGAUCGAAUGUUAAAGGCGAUGAUGGAUAAAGUUCGGUCUUUCUCCUCUGUCAGGAACGUUGCACAAUCUGAAAGUAUGAAUUUAGGUAGUAUGUCGACUAUGAACUGGCAGAUAAAAUUUGGCAACCGUCAACGACCAAGUAUGAGCGAAACGAAUUUACUAAAAUAUCAACCGAAAAGAGACUGUGCCAGUACAAUUAGACCGGAAUCUGCUCUAGGCUUAUUACAAGGUUCAAGCCUAGUGAGCAGCACGGGAGAGCCAACGCCCAGACCAUACGGCUACCCAAAAUAUUCGACGGAAACAGACAGUGAACUGGCCGCUUGCCUACCGCCAGAUCUCAGACACCUGUUAUCCGCCACUUCACAAACACAGAGUCAAUUGGCCAGCUGCACCAAUGCCAUGAGUACUUUAGGAUUGUACAAAAAACCGUACGAGAGUUACCUAGCGGACCGUAUGCAAUCGUCUAGACAAGCUACUCUUUUUGGCGAGGACGAUCACCGGUCACGAACCCUUGGGGAUCGCAGCGCCUACGAUAUUUACCGUUCCACAAAUAACAUGCCUGACAUGGAUAGACGCUAUAACUACCAAAGAUCUACGACUAGCGGCCGUUUAAGAGCACCUCGCAGUGCUUACGCCAAACACUUGUCCGACAUGUGUGUUUACGGCGACGGCCAAGAUUUAGACGUGGGCUAUAGAAAUGAUUACACACUGAGACCUCGGUCUCGGUCAUAUGAAAGCGGUGCAGCGGAGGAUCCUAGCAGGCGACACUGGGACAAUAGUUACUUGAGUUCAGUGUAUGGCGGUAACCCUGGGGCACUACGGGAAACUGCCAUCAACUCGGUAUUAGAUCACGAACGGCGUCGAAUGCAUCCGGAGCACAAAAGAUGGGACAUGAGACGGUUCAGUGACGGUUCGGAUUCACGACCGCUAGACUACAUGAAAUACAGACGGUCUCGGUCUUGGGACCCUUCGCCGUAUUCGAGCGAAGACGAAGAGGAAGAGCUGCAGCGGGAAGAGAAAAAAGCCAGGAUAAAGGCAGAGAUAGCUAGGCGCCGUCGUCAGAUCGAAGAGAACGUCCGAUUGCACGAGGAACUACUGCGUUUGGCUCGGAUCCGGGAGAACGCUGAGCACGAGUACUCCCCACUAUCAGGGAGAUAGAAGAAUAACGUAAUGAAUUUUGGACCGAAAAUGUCGACGUGAUCCGAAUACUACCAGAAAAUUCUAAGAAAAAAAUCUGGUAUGGGAGCUAAAUAAUAGGCAAUUUAUCCGUUAAGGUCAAAAAAGACUGAGAUUUAUUAUGUUUAAAUUGUCAGUUGUCGUCGACGGGCACAAUUUUUGGUACCAAAAUUUAACUUCUAAAAUGUUUAAAUAUUAUUAUUUUUUCGAUUAUCGUGUUGUACUUAUAGAAUUGGAGAUUAGGCUCAUUAUUGAUUUUGUUGUAUAAAAAAAAAAAAAUUACUUUGAACAAAGCCAGUUGUCAAAGUUUUCUUUCUAACAUAUGAUCACAUUCCUUUGUACCAAAUCGUUUCUUUAUUAAUACGUAAAAUAGCUAUACAUUUUUUAUGUCCGAUAAUUAUCUAGUUAUACAUAUAUACAUAUAAAAUAUGGAUUUAUGUAUAGACAUAAUAUCACAAUGAUAUGUCAGAUUUACUUAAAUUUCAUAUGUUAUUCUGUCAAAUUAUUGUGAUACGACCUCUAUUAAUAAUAUAUUUUUCUGAAAUUCAUUCAAAAGAAUUUUUGAUUUAUGGUACCUAAUAAAUAUAAUUUUCACAAAGUUUUAGUACAACACAUAAUUUACACAUUACAUAUUUUUAUAUUCAAUGUAAGCAAUAAUAAAUGUAAAUAAAUUAUAUGGAGUACAGACAAAUGACUAUUCAAUAAACGUGAGUAAAAACAUAAAUAACAUUUUUUUAUUUAAACAAUUUAAAUUUACGAUUAACCCGAAAAUACUGCUAAUGAGUUUGUUUUGCUAUAAUUCAUAACGAUGAGAAUUUUAUUCGCUAAAAUUAUUACUAUUUAAUGUUUUGUAAAAACAGCCAAUUAUUGUUAUUAAACUCUGUUAGCGCAGUAUAUUGGAUGAAAAAUAAAUGUGACCCGACUUGGUCAAAGUUCAUUGAAGUUAAUUCAUAAAUAUUUUUAAUUACAUAUUAUAUUAUCUUCUAUAAUAUUAUGCUACAUCACAUUCAAUUUUUAUUAUCUAUGAUAUAUUUUUACUGUUUUCUUAAUUAUGGUAUUUAUCGUUUAAGAUAUUUAUACAUUAAUAAUUGUCUAUAAUACUUGACUUUAAUUUACUAGGGAUAGUUGUAAAUUCUAAAAUAAAUACAAUUAUACUAAUACUAUACACAUGGAAAAUUUAAGUUAUUCAAUAAACAUGUCUAUUAUCAUUGGUAUUAGUAUUUAUUACGCAAUAGUAAAUUUUAAAGAA